AUGUCAGUCAACAAAAUGCCGAGCGGGACUCCAGUCCAUCAUCGCCAUGCGACUCCGAAGCCCACCGUGGCAGAGCGGCCGCAUGGGAAUAAGGAGACGCCCCCACAGGUGAUACCUAUGACCAAUGUUAUGCCAGGGGACAGUCCCGUUGUCACGGGGACCGUGGAAUCCGACGAAACGACUCCCAUACUACCAGAAGACGGCAGCGCUAUGCAGGCCUUUCUGCUGCGCAUCGAGCCCCGGUACAUCCAGAUGGGAUUGGAGCCGCGCGAGUGGGGAACUGCACUUAUAGACCACCUUGUGGGCCCGGCUCUAACGUAUUGGAUGUAUCUAUGGAGAACUAUCGACCUAAGUGACUGGGCGACAGUACAGCGCAGGCUUUUGGAGCGGCUUGACAGAACAAUGUCGCAGAGUCAAUUGUUAACGGAGUUGGCUAAAGUACGGUGGAAUGGUAACCCGAAGAAAUACACGGACCGGUUUGCGGCUGUAGCGGAGCGUGGGUUGGGUUUUGCCCCCGACGAACUCGCGGACUAUUACUGCACCGGGCUACCGACAGACCUCCAUCUUCUAAUAACCAAUAACCAAUAA